GGACUCUGAUAUGUCCCAUUUUCCCCUGGGCCCGGGAACGCAGCAUUGCUACCCGGAUUAGUUUGUGGUUGUUGUGAAGCAGCUAACCGGCUAAGCUAACCUGUUACUAACUAGAGUUUAAAGAUAAUUACCCAUCAUAAUAAUCAUGUCUUUUAAAAGAGAAGGUGACGACACGAGUCAGCUGAACAUCCUGAAGAAACGGCGCGUGGCAGAUCUGCUGUCUCACUUUAUUCCAGAAGAUGAAGCAGCUCUGAUGAAGAACGGAAGGUACACCUGCCUCGUGUGCUCCUACCGUCCCGUGUUUGACACUGUGGACACACUGACUGUCCACAGGAACGGAAAGAGACAUCUGGAAGGUUUGAAAGCGUUCUAUGGGAAAAAAGCUCGGCUGAAGAAUGAAGUGACAAAAAGGCAACAUGAGAAGUACGUCCAGAGUGAAGACACAGGACAGGAGCCGUCCCGUUCUGCUCCUUUACUGGAACAAACACGCAAACUGACACAUCAUGCUCUGUUGAAGACUGUACCGUAUAACAGCUGCCAUACCAAAACCAGUACAAAAUCUGACAAAGGUUCGCUGAGAAUCGUCUCAGAUCCCGCCGUCACCUCUUGCAGCAGAACAGCAUCAGAACAAGAACGAUCCUGUCGAGAAACUGAAGCUUCAAACAUUUCAUCACAGAACAGCUCCAGUGGCUGCGCAGCAGCCGGCGAAGGUUCACGUCCAUCAGCAGACGCGAGGGAAGCUGCAGAGCCUGUAACAGCCCAGAGGAGACGAGAGCUGGAACACUACCUCAAACUGAAAAGUGACGGGUGGCUGCAGGACCGGAGCGGCCGCUGGGUGAAAGAUGAGAAUGUGGAGUUUGAUUCAGACGAGGAGGAGGAGCCUCCUUCACUCACUCCUCCACCCUCAGGUCAUUGACACUGUGGGAAACACAGAUGAACUUGUACCACAGUGGUGCAUCAGAGGCCACGCUGCUGUUUGAAACAGUGAGAACUCUUUAUACACAUCAACUUCACACUGAAUUCAUCCACAGAUUCAUUUUAUAGAAUCAGACGCAACAGUUAAAGUCAGAAACGUGUCCUUGUAUUUUUUAUUAUAAUAAAUGUUUGUUAACGGACCACUGAGCAGAUUUUGACCCAAAGAUUAAAAAAAGAGAAAACCAUUUUUGAGCAAGUCUCCUCUUGCAGCAUUUUUCUCACUCACAGAAGGAUCAUUGUGUUUUAAUAUGACUGAAACACUGUUUUCAUAGUUUUAACCAUCAGUUUGGGACUUUAUCUUAACACUGUAAACACCAAGGUGAGGGCUGAGACCUGACAACACAGAGAUAAUCAAACACAAUCAGAGGAUCAGCCGAUAAGCCAACACUUCAUCCAGAAUAUCUAAACCACUGUACCACAUUACUGUAUUUAUUAUAUUUAAUACCACUGUGACUGUGUGAGGUGUCUCCGGUCGAGGGGAAACUAGACACAACAUGCAGUGUGACUCCCCACUCCUCCCUCUCCCAGCACAGGCCAACUACACAGUAUUUAUCAGAUAACAAAGUUAGCAGUCACAUCACACCACCACACCACAGUUUGGUGUCUGCAGUGAUGUGGGCGCUGCACUGGACUGUCGUGAGGAGGGAGCUGGUGUCUCACUCCGACUUAAACUGCCUUAAUGUGCUCUAUUUGACAGCGACCAAACAAAAACAACCUGAAGUAAAGAAAACUGUAACAAACCUUAAUUCACAAACUCAAAAUGGAUCAAAAUGAUCUCCUCAGUAACAAAGUCAAUGAGUUGAACACAGUAACCUGCAGUGUCUUAAAGACAAAUCUACACCCACAGUCUGAAUGUGGCUUUGUUUGCAGUGACAGAGGUGAAAAAGAGGGAGGAGCUUCUGUCAGCGGCUGGACCAAUCCAGUGAAAGCAAUCCCUUUGAAUGAGCCAAUCAGCAGUCAUCACCUGCCUUGCUCACACUCCAACACAUGCACGCACACUGUGAGGAGAGGAGACACGUCUGACUGAUCACUGCAGAAACAUCCAAGUGCAUCAACACUAAAAUGACCUGUGUCACAGCAGAGAAAAGACCGGUCGUUAAGGUGUCAGAAACAAUCACCCAGUGCACAGGAAAGCUGCUUGCACACAACUACGGCAAGUACAGCAGGUCAAACCUGAAUCAGGAAGUUGCUCUGUGGCCUGUGAUGGAUGACUGAAAGACAGUUUGGGUAAUAAUUUAACCCUGUUCUCAGAUCUCAGCGGUUAACUUGGUGAGCACAGUGUUUCAAACCGAACUGAUCAACAUCAGCCUUGUGUUGUGUUCAUGGACCCUCUGGGAUCAGAGCAGCAGAUGUUAAAACUGAACAAACACUUUAUAACCUACAGACUUUCAGUUGAGUCCCAGCUCUUCUCUGGUUGGACGAAUCCUCCGUCAGCUUCGCUGUGAAUCAGCAGCAGAUCGGCCUGUUGGUGUUAAUCUGGGUGGAGAAGCCACUCGCUCAGCACACUCGCUAUAAAUUGGAUAACAGCACCGGGGUCAGAGGGACUUAACAUGGGUUAGUUUCUGAUGACGCCGCUAAUAUGUGUGGAGAGCACGCUCACUUCAUUAGUUCAGAGUUCAGAGCGUCACCAUCACAUGAGGAGCCGCUCAAUAUGUUGAAGAGCUUCAAUACACGUGACCUGGCAUGACAGAGAUGUAAUUUAAUGAUGGUAAACUUCUGAGGAACUCUUAACAUCACGUCUGCUGUUUCAGUGACACAGCUCACACACAUGUCUGACGCAAAUCUCACAGGAAAACACAACACAGUAAAUCUGUGUGUCACAGCGUGCAUGGCUCCAACAUCACAAUCCUAAAACACACCUGUCUCAGUGAGCACCAACCAUCAAAGAAAGAAUCACUCAGAACACACUGCACCGACACAACGCUGACUUUUAAUCAUUUCAGACACAAAAUGUCAGCGAAGCCUUUAAAACUGUGACGUUUAAGAAGUCUGAAUAUCUGCGGAUCACCUGGAUCUGGAGUCAACCUGAAGUGGAAGAAAGGAGGGAAUAGUUUGAAGAAACGAGGGGAGGUGGUGCAGGAAUGGAAGCAAUGCUGUGAGAAUCCUCAGAGGUUAGCAGCUGUUUCUGUUCAUAAAUCUGUGGGUGCACACGGGUGCAGCCUCUUCAGACACCUCUUAUAUUUGGAACAGAGUAACUCAAGCCCAGUGGACUGGGUUUCGUCUCCCAUCAGGGUGUGGGGGGUAAAAAUAGGUCAGGUGCUCGAGGGAAGUCAGAGGAUCAGGACUGACUUUAGGGAUUAAAGCUCUGUGACUCUUUACAUCAAGAGUUCAUCAUUAAAACACUGCGGGAGAUAUCUGCACUCAGUGUUCACCAUAAACUAUAUAGACGACACAGUUACUGAUAACGUUAAGACUCUGUAGAUGCUGGACCUGUUGAGGCUCACAAAGCUGCUGUCAACGUUUCAUUUGAGCUCCUGCAAAACGAAUCUGUUUAACACCUGUUGAUACUUAAAUGCACCAAAGUACGUCCUUCUGUGGUGCAUUUAAAUCUAAUAUUCGUCAAGAACAAGAAUUAACAAUUCUUGUGUCAUGGUCAAAAACGUGUUUUGUGAGGUCACAUUGACCUUUGACCUUUGACCACCAACAUCUUCUCAGUUUAUCGCUGCAGUGUUUAAGAAACUAUGAUGAAAUAUUUUCAUCAACAACCUUUUUCACGACAAAAACAAGACGAUGACGAGCUAAAAUAGAUCGUUACAGUAAAAACUAAGAUAGAAUCUAUGUUUGACUUUCAUUGACGAGACUAAAUGUUUGUGGUGGACUGUCGGACACUGACAGCUUGUAAUUCUCUUCAGAUGCCUGAUGAGCGUCAGGCUGGUAAACUCCAGUAAAUAGUCUGCACCAGGAUGUUUGGGUUGGUGCGAGUUGUGAGCUGUAACUCAGCAGUAAAUAAUCAGCUGUGUGUGUCUGACUGUGGAUGGUGGAGCUGCUGAAUGGAUUUGUGGAGUUUGUUAGUUGCAGCGGUGGCUGUUAGCAGCUAGCUCCGCUCGCAGCCUUCACAGCUUCACCCCGCAGGACUCCACUCAGUCCGGACUGGAGAAGGUUUGUGGGUUGAUGGUGUUUGACAGGCAGGUAGGAGGCUCAGUUAUCUGUGAGUGUAGCUGUGCUGUAAGUAAACAGUCUGAACUCAGAUCAGUUUUCUCUGACAGAGAUCAAAGUUUAGUUUGAAUCACCAACUCUGUGAGAGGACACCAGUUUAAACCUCCAGACUAACAUGUUGCACAUGAAGAAACAAGUUAUGUUUCUGCUUCUUAACAGUCACAUGGAUAAGUCAGAGUUUACAAUGAACCUGGGGACAAAUCCUAGUUGGCUCACAUUAGUUAUUUGUUGAGAGCAUAAAUAGAGAGAUGUUGAGCUUUUCAGAUGAUGAUCAGUAAGUGUGUGCUCGUAAAUCAGCCCUUAAACCUGUCACACACUGCUGGAGACAUGACACACA